AUGUCUAGAUUAAGUUACAACACUUUAGUUGCAGGCGCUAUUGCCUUAUUGAGCGGCCAAGCUUUCGCUGCUGUUUACAGUAACACCACUUCCAUUUCAAGCAUUGAUCUUCUUGAUGCUUACACAGGUUCUAAGGUUGCUUACGGUACUAAACAACCAUUAUCUAUCACAGCUUCUAUUUCAGCUGUUUCAAAAGGUUCUGUCUGGUUUACCAUUCCAGACGGUAUUGAGGUUCCUACUGACUUCUCCUUUGAUUACGGUACAGUCUCUGCUGCUGGUAGCAAUGUUUCCGUUGAAAUCACUUCUGUUCCAUCUUCUGGUAAGGCUGAUGUGGUUUUCAACUCUGAUUUGACUUCUGCCUACGCUGCCAGUUUGACCCCAUCUGAGCAAACAUUUACUUUUGAUUCAUCUUCUGGUUCUUUCCAAGAUGUUAUUGAUUUCACUGCUUUCUCAUUAUCUACUCCAUCCAAGUUUGGUUCUUUGGAUGGUACUACUUUGUCCUGGGGUUUCAAUGUUCCACAAGCCAACUGGCCUGGUACUGUUGACUUGGCCACUGCUGCUGAAUCUGGUUAUUCUUUGAGUGGUCCAAUUGAAGUCUAUUCUGUUGCUUCUGAUCCAUUUAACGAUGGUACUGCCACUUUGAUUACCACUUUAUCUGGUGAAAGUGCCUCUUCUAUUGCUUCCACUUAUGCUGCUGAUUUUCCAAGCUCUGCUGUCUUUUUAAGAUUUGUCUACACAGGUGCUAUUACUGAUACCUCUGCUAACAGCUACUCUAAUGAAUUAGUUGCUGCUUUCCCAGAUGGUACUACUUUAUCUAAGAGAGACAUCAACAUUGCUAUCACUGAUUCUAUUGUUAGAAUUGGUGUUAGUGAUGGUUCAAUUACUUCUAUUUACUCUACUUCUGGUUCCUCCACCUCAGGUAUCUCUUCCGGUGCUUCCGAAGUUUCUUCUACCACUUCUGCCGCUUCUUCCGGUGCUUCCUCUGAAGUUUCCUCCACUGCUUCCGGUGCUUCCUCUGAAGUUUCUUCCACUGCUUCCGGUGCUUCUUCUGAAGUUUCUUCCACUGCUUCUGGUGCUUCUUCUGAAGUUUCUUCCACUGCUUCUGGUGCUGCUUCUGAAGUUUCUUCCACUGCUUCUGGUGCUUCCUCUGAAGUUUCUUCCACUGCUUCUGGUGCUUCCUCUGAAGUUUCCUCCACUGCUUCUGGCGCUUCUUCUGCUUCUGGUGUUUACUCUACAUCUGUUACAACAGCUACUGCCUCUGGGGAAGUUACUACCGUUAUCACUACUUGUCCAAUCUGUACUGGAAGUUCCAAGACCACUGAAGUUGUCAUCUCAACUGCUACCGAAACCAUUCAAGGUACUGUUACUGAAUACACUACUUACUGUCCUCUUACUACCGAGUCUAUUACCACUGUUUCUAGCGGUGUUACUGAAACCGCUGAAGUGAUUAUCACUGAAGUUUCUUCUGGUGUUUACACUGUUUACACUACAUUUGUUCCAGUUGCUACUUCUGUUGCUACCGCUACUGUUUCCAACGAAGUUACUACUGUCAUCACUACUUGUCCAGUCUGUACUGGAAGUUCCAAGACCACUGAAGUUGUUGUCUCCACAAUUACAGAAACCAUUGAAGGUGUUACUACUGAAUACACUACUUACUGUCCAAUUUCUACUGGAGAGGCUACCACCGUUUCCAACGGAAUCACCAAGACAGGUGAAGUUAUCAUUACUGAAGUUUCUUCUGGUGUCUACACAGUCUACACCACUUUUGUUCCAACUACAACCAAGGUUGCUACCACUGUUAUUACUGAAGGUGGCGAAACCACUACUAUCAUUGAAACUGCAGUUACUACUGUUGUUACCAUCGGUGGUAAGACUACCACUUUAACUGAGGCUACCACUACUGCUGAAGCUGCCACCACUGUUGUUACUUUGGGUGGUGAAACCUCAACUGUCGUCCAAACUGUCUCUACUACUGUUGUUACCUUAGGUGGUGAAACUACCACCGUUACCAAGGCUACUGUUGCACCUGGUACUACUGUUACUGAAGCUUCUCAAUCUACCGUUGUCAUUACUACAUGUUCAUCUUGUGCUGAGGGUUCCAAGGCUACUCAAGUUGUUGUUUCUACCGCUACUGUUACCUCUGAAGGUAUCGUUACCGAAUACACCACUUACUGUCCAGUAACCACCACUAACACUGCUACCGCUGGUAAGGAAGGUAGUUCUGCUGCUGAAACUGUUGUUUCUGGUACCACUUAUACUCCAGAAGUUAUUAUUUCUCAAACUAGUUCUGGUGAAUACACUGUUUACACUACUUAUCACCCAGUUACUUCUGCUGCUACAUCUACAGUUUCUGCUGCCACCACAGUUGGUACUGUUGCUACAUCUGCCAAGGUUGCUACCACCACUGGGGCUGCUACUGUUGCUCAAGAAAGUAUUCAAUCCGUUCAAUCUGCCUCCACUUCUUCUUUAAUUAACAUCUCUACUUUUGAAGCUGCUGCUGGUAAGGUUACUGUAAGUUUCGGUGCUUUGCUAGGUUUAGUUGCUUUCUUAUUUUGA